GAGGUUGCUUGAAGAGGCACUGCAUCUUCUUAAUUCUUUGAUUUUCCGAGUAGGAGGGCCUGAGUGGAAGCUUCUCUGUUUAGCUGAGUGCCCGCCUUGUAAAUCUCGAGCUUAGAAAAGAAUUGCACGUCAGUUUGAGAUUUGAUGGAAAUUUGGGCUGAGAAGGUUAUCCUGAGUACCACAUGCCUAAUAAUUUUCCUUGGAACGCUAGCCAUUGUUUUUCACUGCCUCGAAAAGAUCAAAAUUUCUCCGGAAAUUGGAGACAUAUUUGAUUUAAAAGAAAUAAACUUUAACAAAUGGACAAUAUGUCUAUUACAAAUACACCAACAAGUAAUGAUGCCUGUCUGAGCAUUGUACAUAGUUUGAUGUGCCAUAGACAAGGUGGAGAGAGUGAAACAUUUGCAAAAAGAGCAAUUGAAAGUUUGGUAAAGAAGCUGAAGGAGAAAAAAGAUGAAUUGGAUUCUUUAAUAACAGCUAUAACUACAAAUGGAGCUCAUCCUAGCAAAUGUGUUACCAUACAGAGAACAUUGGAUGGGAGGCUUCAGGUGGCUGGUCGGAAAGGAUUUCCUCAUGUGAUCUAUGCUCGUCUCUGGAGGUGGCCUGAUCUUCAUAAAAAUGAACUCAAACAUGUUAAAUAUUGUCAGUAUGCAUUUGACUUAAAAUGUGAUAGUGUCUGUGUGAAUCCAUAUCACUAUGAACGAGUUGUAUCACCUGGAAUUGAUCUCUCAGGAUUAACACUGCAGAGUAAUGCUCCACCAAGUAUGUUGGUGAAGGAUGAAUAUGUUCAUGACUUUGAGGGACAGCCAUCAUUAUCCACUGAAGGGCAUUCAAUUCAAACCAUCCAGCAUCCACCAAGUAAUCGUGCCUCAACGGAGACAUACAGUACCCCAGCUCUGUUGGCUCCAUCUGAGUCUAAUGCUACCAGCACCACCAACUUUCCCAACAUUCCUGUGGCUUCCACAAGUCAGCCCGCCAGUAUACUGGCAGGCAGCCAUAGUGAAGGAUUGUUGCAGAUAGCUUCAGGGCCUCAGCCAGGACAGCAGCAGAAUGGAUUUACUGCUCAGCCAGCUACUUACCACCAUAACAGCACUACCACCUGGACUGGAAGUAGGAGCGCACCAUACACACCUAAUUUGCCUCACCACCAAAACGGCCAUCUUCAGCACCACCCGCCUAUGCCGCCCCAUCCCGGACAUUACUGGCCAGUUCACAAUGAGCUUGCAUUCCAGCCUCCCAUUUCCAAUCAUCCUGAUGUUCUCUCCUGUUUACCUACUGUAGCUCCUGAGUAUUGGUGUUCCAUCGCUUACUUUGAAAUGGAUGUUCAAGUAGGAGAGACAUUUAAGGUUCCUUCAAGCUGCCCUAUUGUUACUGUUGAUGGAUAUGUGGACCCUUCUGGAGGAGAUCGCUUUUGCUUGGGUCAACUCUCCAAUGUUCAUAGGACAGAAGCCAUUGAGCGAGCAAGGUUGCACAUAGGCAAAGGUGUGCAGUUGGAAUGUAAAGGUGAAGGUGAUGUUUGGGUCAGGUGCCUUAGUGACCAUGCAGUGUUUGUGCAGAGUUACUACUUAGACAGAGAAGCUGGUCGUGCACCUGGAGAUGCUGUUCAUAAGAUCUACCCAAGUGCAUACAUAAAGGUCUUUGACUUGCGUCAGUGUCACCGGCAGAUGCAGCAGCAGGCGGCCACCGCACAGGCUGCAGCCGCCGCCCAGGCAGCAGCCGUGGCGGGAAACAUCCCUGGCCCCGGAUCAGUAGGUGGCAUAGCUCCAGCUAUCAGUUUGUCAGCAGCUGCUGGCAUUGGUGUCGAUGACCUUCGCCGCUUGUGCAUACUCAGGAUGAGUUUCGUGAAAGGCUGGGGACCGGAUUACCCAAGACAGAGCAUCAAAGAAACGCCUUGCUGGAUUGAGAUUCACUUACACCGGGCCCUCCAGCUCUUAGAUGAAGUGCUUCACACCAUGCCUAUUGCUGACCCACAGCCUUUAGACUGAGGUCUUUCCCUGUUGGGCCCCUUACCAUGGUCAGGAUGGUGGACUAUAAAAUACAAUCCUGUUUAUAAUCUGAAGAUAUAUUUCACUUUUGUUCUGCUUUAUCUUUUCAUAAAGGGUUGAAAAGUGUGUUUGCUGCCUUGCUCCUAGCAGACAGAAACUGGAUUAAAACAAAUUUUUUUUUCCUAUUUAGAACUUUUCAGGCAUGGCUCAGAGCUUAAAGAAAAGGAAAAACACAUAAAAUCCUCACCAGUUAUGUAUGAAGGAAUCAUUCCAGUGCUGGAAAAUUUAGCCCUUUAAAAUGUCUUAGAGCCUUUUAUAUGCAGAACAUUGAUACGUGUGUUAUUCAACAGAAUCAGUUCAAUAUUGCCGAUUUUAAAGGAGAGAAGUUCUCAAAGUUAAUUCACCUAUGUUAUUUUGUGUGCAAGUUGUUAUUGUUGAACAUACUUUACUCCAAAAUGUUGUGCCAUGUGGGUGAGUUAAUUUUACCGAGAGCAACUUCCCUCUGUGUUUAAAAAAUAAGAUAGUAAUGUAUUAUAACCUUUUAUCCAAAAUAUUUUUUUGCAAGUUAAACUAGUGAAGACGAUUUCAAUUCAGAUAGCCUUGCAACUUCAAUUUUAUUUUUGCCAAAGGCAAAACACUAAUCUGUGUGUAUAUUGAGAAUUCCUUACAAUUACCCACAAAGAAAUACCGUUUAAAAUUACAUGUGUUAUCCCUGUUGGAUAACUAUUUUAUCAAGAAAUAAUUCUUUUGCCCUGUUAUACAGUAGAUGUAUUCUAUAUUUCUAGGCACAGGGUUGGUCACUAAGAUGCCUAGAAGAGAAAUUUCUUUCCUUCAUGAAUUCAUAAGGAAAGGUUUUGUAUUUUUAAAAACACUAAAAGCAGUGUCACUCCACCUAAUAUCUCACUGUUCUGCAAAAAUGGCAAUGCUUAAACUAAGUGAGUAUUUUGGAAACUGCUAAAUUCUAUGUUAAAUACUGUGCAGAAUAAUGGAAACAUUACAGUUCAUAAUAGGUAGUUUGGAUAUUUUUGUACUUGAUUUGAUGUGUGACUUUUUUUUCGUAUACUGUUUAAAUCAUGUAUGUUAUGACAUUGUUUAAAAUUCAGUUUUUGUAUCUUGGGGCAAGACUGCAAACUUUUUUAUACCUUUUGGUUAUUCUAAGCCCUUUGCCAUCAAUGAUCAUAUCAAUUGGCAGUGACUUUGUAUAGAGAAUUUAAGUAGAAAAGUUGCAAAUGUAUUGACUGUACCACAGACACAAUAUGUAUGCUUUUUACUUAGAUGGUAGCAUAAAUAAAACCAAAUCUCAACAUACAAAGUUGAAUUCUAGGUUUGAUUUUUAAGUUUUGUUUUCUUUUGCACUUUUGAGUUCAACCUCAGAAGCAAGACACCUUCUACUAAAUGACAGGCAGCAGCCAGACUAUCGGGCAGCUUUGGUUUCCCUCACACUCUGCCAGGACUUCCCCACGGACAUUAUGUAUCAAGUGUAGAGUUGGUUGGGAUUUUUUUUUGUUCAGCUUUUAUUUUGCUGUAGCAAAAUAGGCCUGAUUGUCUACAGGAUAAAUAGUGUGAAGUAAAACCAAGGGUCAUCUUUUAGAUGCUUUCACUUUUUGCUUGGAGGCCUUCUUAACUGUAAUAAGAUUCUUUAAGGUGUGUUACAAGUUUGAGAUUUGAGAAGCACUAUGCUUAGUAGUCCUCCUUCUGUCGACUUAAAUGGAUAAGUCAUCUGCGUCCUUGGUCGGAAGGUCUUCUGUGUAAGACCGUUCCAGAAACCACUGGCUUUGCUUAUCGCUGUGAUGUAAACACAGAUCUUGAUCCAAGCUGUAUGUCUUCUGUUUUAAAAUAACUUCUCUACUGGCUCAUUUGAAUUCUUGAGUACUUAGUGGUACUUUUGUUAAAGGCCUCAUUUUAAUCUGUAAAAGUUUGGUGAUUUAAGUUUUAUUGGCAGGUUUGUUUUUUUUUUUUUUGAAAAGAUAUCUUCAUUCUCUAGAAAUUGCUGACUUUAGGUCUGUUUUACUGUGAAUGAAGAAUAGGAGUGCAGGGAGAGAUUUUUUAAAAUUCAGAUUAUUUGAUUAGGAUCAUUAGCGUGCUAGGAUAUCAUCUGUUGCCUCCUUUUCUCCUUUAAGGAAGGUUUUCAUGUUUAAUCAUCUGGGAAAGUAUGUGGGAAAUAUUUACUAAGAAGUCUGUCUUUGAAGCCAAACCACCCGUCUUGGUUUCUUUCUGCUAAGAGCCAUAAUGUUACUACCAGUACGUAGGAGUACUUCUAGUUCUUAAUCGCUUUAUAUUUGUACCUAGAAUCAGUCACAUGCUUUUGAGAACACGCCUAGUAUGUCAAUGAUCGGUUAUUCUGAGACCUUAGUUGUUAAACAGUAUUCCCAUUUCUUAGAGGUAGUCAUCUUUGAUGAGUAAAACUCAAGAAUCACUAGGUUUAAAAUUUCAUGGCUACUUUAGGGUAGGAUGGUUUCUGUAGUUCUCAGAAUCUGAUUAUUAUGAGGAUAUGGUUCCGGAUAGAUUUUCUCUAGCUAUUUCCUAUCUCAAAAUGUUGAAUUUCAUUGAAAGCUGAGUGAGAGUUGAACCAAGUACCUUUAUAAUCCAGUAUGAGGCCAUUCCACUUUGGUCCAGUGCCUUUCUGUGCGUUAUCAAAGGGAAUCCUUAAUGGUGUUGCCUUUAUUUUCCAGGGAGUAGAUUCUUUUGUGGGAUAUAGCCUGUCUCAUUUUUUAUAGUAUGCUACCCCUGGUGUACAAAGAUAACGAUAAUAAAUCACUGCCAUAUAACCUUGUUUUUCUAGAAGCACGGCUCAUUUGUAUCGACCUACUCUCCUGCGAUCACCACCGUAGGUUAACAGGCUGGGUGGUCUAGCUUAGGGAUUACCACACUCGAAUUAUCCAGGUAAACUGAACACAUAUUAGCUGUGUUGUAUUUCAAAGUUGAAAAUCCAUUUUUGUGGGGAGGGGUGUGGCGUGAAGGGGGGAUAUUUGUAAUAGAAAUUUUGAAGGCAAAAUCAAAUGCUCUGUCUUCCGAUGAUAGACAUCUUACCUAGUUAAAAGUUCACUGCAGUCGUCUUCUUACUAUGCCCAUCUGGAGAAGGGAAAUCUUAGAUUUUCCCAUGGUGCUCCUUACGCAUCUAUGGAGGUGAAAUAUUUCUAUUCCUGCUUUGGUGGUGACCGGUUAAUAGUCACUCGAUAGCUAUUAUGCAGAAUUAGAUUAGUUCACAUCUUUUUUAGAGCCUUUUGGAAAAAGCAGUUCUCUUCUGACUAGGGCAGGAUCAUUUUUGUUGAUAGUGUUCUAUGGUUUGCUCCCUUCAUCGUUAAGUCAUUUUACUGGCAUUUUGUUUAACAAUAGCAGAUUGGGAAGAUGAAUUUUAGGUUGUUGAGGUAAAUGAGUAUAUGAAAGCAAUUAACCUGCAAAAUCACCUAACGGCUAUGUAGUAGAUGGGGCUGGGCUAAGACUAGCAGGUAAUAACAUGAAGAAAUUCUCUCUCUUUCUUUCUUUCUUUCUUUCUUUCUUUCUUUCUUUCUUUCUUUUCUUUUCUUUCUCGUUCGUUUCAGCUUUCAAAGCUCUUUAUUAUACUGUUUCUCCCUUGAUCUCUACAGUAACCAUGUGAGAAGGGGUUAGAGGAAAGGAAAUGCUUUUUUUUUUUUUUUUUUUUCUUUCUAAAGGCAGACCUCCUCUUGUCACAGUCGCAGAUAGCGGUCUGUAAAUAGUUGCCUAAACUCUUCUUUGCAAAGGUCAUAGAAGACAGGCUCUGAGAAUCUUCUGCGCAAGCCUCUCUAUUGUUUUCUGACAACGAGGUUCUCUCUCCUGAGAUGUAUCAGGAUUAGUGAUACCCUUAUACCCUAAUGUAUAGGGUUAGUGGCCACAUUCAUAGAAGCAUCCUCGGCUCGGCCUCGUCCCCAGCACUUGUCCCAGUGCUGCCGGGUUGUCUGUCUUGUUUAUCUGCUGUCACUGUGGGAUGGAAUUUUCUGCAUUAUCCAGACUUGCCUUAUUUAAGCCUUAAACCCUUUUUUAUUUUAGCCAUUUUUUUGGGGGGUGGAGUUAUUUAAUAUGUAUAUCAGAGAACAUUCUAGGCAUGAUGUUCCUUUUGUGCCUAGCUGUCUUUGUAGAUGCCCGGAGCUGCUAAGGUUUUUGCCUUGAUAAACCAGAUGGUUGUAGACUGCUAUGGUUCUGAAUGUUUACUUUUUUUUUUUUUUUUUUUUUUAACACACAUACCCUCCAGUAUUGUCCCCUUCUGACAGACCACUUUGUGUGUGCCUCCCCUUAGGAGUUUCUUCUUUUCCUUUGUGAUUCAUUUUUCCGACUUCUUGGGCAAGAAAACCAGAUAACCAGACUUACUAGAACUACCUUUGAAACAUGAGGACAGACUGGGAUGGGUCCCAAGAAACUUCCCUGUCAAGCAUUGAAGAGGCCUUCAGUGCUUUGGUGUCUGACAUCGGUUUGACUGCUUAAAGUGUUUGCUGGUUCUUGGCUGAGUUCCAGGUAGUCAAGGUAGGGAGAAGUGGGUCAUAUUCAUAUUUUCCCCCUUUGAAAGAUUUUGAAACGUUUUGUUGCUUCCACCUCAAUGCUGUUCAUACAAAAACUGGGGUCACAGGACUCACUAAAUCAGCAUCAGUCAUCAGAGGCAGUUCCAUUGCCUAGAGAAUACCAGCAACAACAAAAACGACAACAACACAAUAUGCUUGGGGAACGAGAGGGUCAUUUUUGUUUGUUUGGGUGUCCCCUUCUGCGCCCUAUCUUCUGACUUUCCUCCUCUACAGAUAUUUUUGACCUAUAGGUGCCUUUAUGAGAAUUGAGGGUCUGAGAUCCUGCCCCAAGGAGUCGCUAAAGUCAUUGCUGAUGUUUUCAGGGAUUUUAACAUCAGACUUGAAUGAAUGAACUGUUUUCCUCCCUCCCUCCCCACCGCUCUCUCCUCCUUCCUGUCUCUCUCUCUUUCUCCCCCAUAGGAAGGAUUGAGGUGAAGACAAUCAUUUCUCUCUCUGGACGUGGAUCGUUUUCUCAGUAGAUCUCAGAGCCCAUGUUGUUGUUCAUCCUGAAACUGGUGGCUCUGGGCGGGCACCAGGCACGCCCUGCCUGGCUUGCCCUCUGCCACUCAUCUGAUGUGUGACCUCGGGCAGGUCAUCUACCUUCCCAGGCCUCAGUUGCCUCAUCUGUAAAAUGAGGGAGUUGGACUAGAUGUGUUCUUCCGGUCUGAAAUCCAAGUGACCUUGCCUACCUUGCAGCAGGCUCUGACUUCCUCCUUCCUUUUGCUCUGCUGUUUGAGGGGGCUUUGUACUUAUUUCCAUGUCAUUCAAAUGAGAUUAGGCUUGAUUUUUUAUUACUAUUCUCCUAUGGACAAGAAGUUACAUAAUAUGUCCUUAAGACUUAAAUUUAACCAAAGGCCUAGCAUCACCUUGGGGGCUGCAAUAAAUACUUAAAAAAAAAAAAAAAAUUGAGAGCAGGGGAAACACCUUCAUUCUAUUUUCCCAUCAUCUCUAGCGAAGGUUUCGUGAGACUCUCUGAGUCCUGGCAUUCCAGCUUUGGGCUGGUAUGUGUGCCCCGCCAUCCUCUUCAGUGCUGUGUGCUGGUAAUUGGUUUUCCAGCUAAAAUGAAUGGAAAAGUUAACUGUAAAUGCCUAAUGAUAUUAGAGGUCAUUACUUCUGGUCUUUGGUUUCUUAUCUCUUUUAUGUUCAAAACAGGGAAACUCCUCUGAACCGCAUUGUAACUGUACAAUGGUUCAUAUAAUAGAAUUAAAAAAAAAAAAAAAACCACCAGUGGAUGAUCAUUCACUUUAUUCUUGGCUCUUUUUAGGUCCAUAUUGAUUAGACUUUUGGAUGGAGCGUUCCUUUCACAGUACUUUUCCAGCCUAUUCUUGGAGAAGUAUAAUUAAUGAAGUUGGCUUUUUCAAGGACCUUGAGAGCCUGCCUUGGGAGUGGGUCAAGGGGUCGGGGGUUGGGGAGUCCUGGUAGAGGCCAGCUCUGUGAUAGCUGGAGAGGAGGGAGUGAAACCAACUGCUGUUGCCAUGGCUGCUUGUCAUUGAUAGAAGGACUCACGGGCUUGGAUUGGUUAGAAGGCUAAACGGAGUCAAGAAACUUCCUCCAGGUAUGGGGUUCUGGUCAGUGCCUUGGACAUGUGACUUAAGGGGAUAGCAUGAAUGCCUGUAGAUCAUGGAAAUCGGGUGGACUGCAGAACCAUUUGGAGGAAGUGGCUGGGGGUUGGGGAUCGAUUUGGUGGUGGUAUUUUACCAACUCUGGUCUCUUCCCCUGAAAUCAGAGUAAUGCAGCUAUGCCAAAACCCAGAGAAGAGCCACACUUAGCUUCUGCUUUUGGGAAAACUGGUCAGCUAAAGCCCCGGUAGUUCCUUUGCGGCUUUCUGUAUACUUUUGCCUGGUUGAAGUCUGUGGCUGAAAAAUAGUUGAACCUUUCCUGAGAACUCUGUAACAAAGUAUGUUUUUGAUUAAAAGAGAAAGCCAAUUAAA